AUGGGGGACGGCGAUAUGGUGCUUAAGCGAGCUCAUACCGACUUCGGCGACUACGAGGAAGAUGUGAUUGCGGAGAUCCUAGCAAGGCUACCGGUCAAAUCCUUGAUGCGUUUCCGGUGCGUCUGCAAGUCAUGGCGUGCUUUGAUCUCCGAAUCCUAUUUUGUAAAGAAACACUUGAACUACGGAGAGAGAGGCAUCACCGAGAGCACUCCCAGAUUCAUUUUCAUGUUGGAUCCUCCCUUGUCCUUGGACUUUGAAGCCUUGAUGAAGGAUGAUGAUUGCGAUGGCGCUGCUGGUGGUCAGUCUGCAGUCACUCAGUUGGAUUUUCCGGUACUGAAAACUAUCCGGUUGGAGAGUUGUUAUUGGUUCUUGCAAUGGCUUUGUAUGUCUAGAAGUUCCCCCCGAGGCCAUUAUGUUAUGGAACCCUGGUACAAGAGGCUCCAAGGUUUUACCAAAACCUCCUUGUGUUAUGAACUCCGGGUUUAA